UCGGCGUCUUUCUCAACGAGGCUCUCGUGUAAACGAACAUACAUAGCUUACCCUGUGUCCUUCUCACCUUUCCUUCGUCUUCUCUCUGCUUCCUCCCAUGCCACGACCAUAAACCCGAACACGUAGUCUAGGAUACGUAGUCUGCAAAUUAAUGAAUAACAAGAUGAGCAUCACAAGUCUGAAAUAACGUUUAUGUUUCUGCGUGCGCGGUGGCGCCUGUCUAUAGGGACCAAACGUCGACUAGGGAAUCUUAUUAUCGCCUCGAGGACUUCACCUGAAAUAUAGACUUCUCGGUGGAGAUUUCGCGAUUUUAAUAAACAACAUAUGCGCGACGCUGAAUGCUACGCGGUGAACAGCCAGAUGCGCGCCUCGCCUGCCAGUCUGUCAUCACAGGCAACGACAUAUGACAUUUGCAUCACAGGAAAGAUGAACUAGCUAAACUUGCUUGCUUUUGUGGGGGGGGGAAAUGCAAUUGUGUUUGGUUAUUGAAAUAUGACCUAAACGCUCUGCAGAACUAUUAGUCGUUAUUUUGUAGCCGCAUGAUAGCCUUUCAAUUUAACAUAAAUUAUCCAACAUCCAUCUUUCAAUAAAUAAUCUUAGCCUACCCGCUGACAUCGCUGAGGAAGUUCGCCUCAGCUGUGGGGCACCAUCAAUCUAUGAAUAUUCGCACACAAUCAUUUGGAAUCUUUAGUUCAGUCAUACAAAAUGUGCGAGAAUAGACUACUUGAAUGUUCUUGAGUGCGUAGAAGUCCUCUGUAGGCUACCAGCGACAGACAUUUCGACAUAGGCUACUGACAGAGGAGACAGAACGACUGCUAUUUUCUACGUGGCAUGAGUCGGUAAAGGAACCUUUAAUAUUUGUGUUUUGGUUCCAGGUUUGAUAUAUCUGCAUUGAGAGUCAACAAUUGUGGAUAGCCUAUAAUGGAAUUUCUUAACCACCGACAUUAGAACCGCAUCGGUCCUUCAACACAAGGUAUUUAGCCAUUGAAGCCUAAAUAUUUAGGAAAACAUCCAAAGAGAUACGUUUUGCAAUGGCAAAUUGAAAACGGCUUAUCUACAACCAUUUCAAACGGACUGCGCAGCACACAUUUAUGUGCUAGGCUAGAGACGUUAUUGCUUAUUAUGGAAAACUGGGACCGCCUUUACGCGCCUAAACGAAAUAUUGUCUUAAAAUGAGGCGAGGUCGCAUUACUAUUUAUUCUGAUACGCAUAUGGGUAUAAUUCCAUGAGCAUAAACAUGAUAUGAGGGAUACGCCGCCACUGUUUUUGUCAUUUUUAACCGGCAGGAUUUUUCCCGUUUCAUUUGCAGUGGUUGUUUUGAAGAUAGCAGGUUAUUAAUUGUUUAUCUUUAUGCAUCCGCACGAAGAAGGACCAAGAAAUGACAAACGACGGAUAACCACACGAGAAGGAGACCGUGAAAAGAGGGGAAAGGAAGAAUGAAUGAGAUAUACUGAGCAACGAAGGAAGGAGAUUGGAGGAAUCAAGAGGUGUUAGUGGGAGGAGCUCUCUCCAUGACCCUGUGCCUGCUGACCACACCCAGAUUCCCCCUAACCCCGCCCUCCAGCAUGGCGCUGUCACUCUGGCUGCUGUGUACCUGUGCUGUCACCUCCCUGCUCAUCGCCCCCUCUGCUCAAGCUCUGAGUCGGUCAGCGAUGCCCUUCGGCCUGAUGCGUAGAGAGCUGGCGUGCGAGGGAUACCCCAUCGAGCUGCGCUGCCCUGGCAGUGAUGUCAUCAUGAUUGAGACGGCCAACUACGGCCGCACGGACGACAAGAUCUGUGACGCUGACCCCUUCCAAAUGGAGAACGUGCAGUGUUACCUGCCUGACGCCUUCAAGAUCAUGUCACAGAGGUGUAAUAACCGUACCCAGUGUGUGGUGGUGGCAGGGUCCGAUGUGUUCCCAGACCCCUGCCCAGGGACCUACAAGUACCUGGAGAUACAGUACGAGUGUGUCCCCUACAUCUUUGUGUGUCCAGGCACACUGCUGCGUGUACAGGCGGCCAGCUCGCCUCAGGAGGCAGAGCAUCAGUCGGGGGCGUGGUGUAAGGACCCCCUGCAGUCAGGUGACCGGCUCUAUGUCAUGCCUUGGACUCCCUACCGCACCGACAUGCUGUAUGAGUACGCCUCCUGGGAGGACUUCAGACAGAACCGCGCCACCACCACCUACAAGUUGCCGAACCGUGUUGAUGGCACAGGCUUCGUGGUAUACGACGGCGCCGUGUUCUACAAUAAGGAGCGCACACGCAACAUGGUCAAGUAUGACCUGCGCACACGCAUCAAGAGCGGCGAGGCCAUUAUCGCCAAUGCCAACUACCACGACACAUCGCCCUACCGCUGGGGUGGGAAGAGCGAUAUCGACCUGGCAGUGGACGAGAAUGGGCUGUGGGUCAUCUACGCCACAGAGUCCAACAACGGACGACUGGUGGUCAGCCAGGUGAACCCGUACACCCUGCGCUUCGAGGGCACCUGGGAGACCAGCUUCGACAAGAGGCUGGCGUCCAACGCCUUCAUGGCGUGCGGCGUGCUCUACGCCGUGCGCAGUGUCUAUCAGGACGACGACAGCGAGGCCGGCGGGGAUCUGAUCCUUUACGCCUACAACACGAACCGUGCCCGGGAGGAGCCCGUCCACAUCCCCUUCCCUAACCCCUACCAGUACGUCUCCUCUGUGGACUAUAACCCCAGAGACAACCAGCUCUACAUCUGGAACAACUAUAAUGUUCUGAGAUACCCGCUGGAGUUCGGACCACCGGACCCCACCACUGGCCCUCUGACGACCACUCAGGUGACCAGCACCACGCCAGCCCGACCUUUCACCUCCAGUUCUAGCCCUGCUACCACCCGCCCCCUGGCCCCCACCUCUCACCCCAUUGGUGCUAUCAACAAGGGCCCUGACCUGCGGCCAAUCACAGCCACCGUACCAGUCACCAGGCGGCCUCCCCGCCCACCCGUCCAGGGCCCGGAGCCCCAGGUGUGUGAGUCCAGAGUGGCCAGAGGGGUGCAGUGGCCCUCCACCCAGAGAGGAGAGACUGUGGACCGCCCCUGUCCUAAAGGAUCACUAGGCAUCGCCUCGUUCCAGUGCUUGGCGGCUCCGGUCAUGUGGAACCCUCGGGGCCCUGACCUCAGUAACUGCACCUCUCCCUGGGUCAACCAGGUAGCCCAGAAGAUAAAGAGCGGUGAGAAUGCUGCCAACAUUGCUGGGGAGUUGGUGAACCACACACGGGGGCGGAUCCACGCUGGUGAUGUCAGCUCGUCAGUGCGUCUGAUGGAACAGCUGCUGGACAUACUGGAUGCCCAGCUUCAGGCCCUGCGGCCCGGCAACAAGGAGUCAGCCGCACGCAACUACAACAAGCUCCAGAAGAGAGAGAGGACCUGUCGGGCUUACAUCCAGGCGGUAGUGCAGACAGUGGACAACCUGCUGCGUACAGAGGCUCUGGAGUCGUGGCAGGACAUGAACACUACAGAGCAGGCCCACACUGCCACCAUGCUAUUGGACGUCCUGGAGAAAGGAGCCUUCCUAUUGGCCAACAACAUGUAUGGCAACCGCUUCACCGACCGGGCCCCCAAUAUCGAUCUGGAGGUGCACGUGUUGAACACAGAGAUGGACCUUCAGGACCUGUCCUUUCCUCAGAACUACGUGAGCGACAGCACCAUCCAGCUCUCCGCCUCCACCAUCAAACAGUACAGCCGCAAUGGCCAAGUCAAGGUAGUGUUUGUUCUUUAUAAGAACUUGGGCUCCUUCCUGUCUACGGAGAACGCCACGGUGAAGAUGGAGCUGGAGGCGGCACCGGGGGAGCGGGGCUUGGCGGUCAACUCCCACGUCAUCGCCGCCUCCAUCAAUAAAGAGUCCAGCAGAGUGUUCCUCACUGAGCCGGUGGUGUUCACACUCAAACACUUACAGUUGGAGAACCACUACAGUCCCAACUGUUCGUUCUGGAAUUACUCUGAGCGGUCGAUGACAGGCCAGUGGUCGUCUCAGGGUUGUAGACUGCUGGACACCAACAGCACACACACCACCUGCUCCUGUUCCCACCUCACCAACUUUGCUGUGCUCAUGGCCCACCACCAGCCUGAUUACCCUGGGAGGAUGCAUGAGUUGAUCCUGUUUGUGAUCACCUGGGUGGGCAUAGUGAUCAGCUUGGUGUGCCUGGCUAUCUGCAUCUCUACCUUUUGCUUCCUGAGGGGCCUGCAGACCGACCGCAACACCAUCCACAAGAACCUCUGCAUCAACCUCUUCAUCGCAGAGCUCCUCUUCCUUAUUGGAAUCGACAAGACCCAGUACCACAUUGCCUGUCCGAUCUUUGCUGGGCUGCUUCACUUCUUCUUCCUGGCUGCAUUCUCCUGGAUGUGUCUGGAGGGGGUGCAGCUCUAUCUGUUGCUGGUGGAGGUGUUUGAGAGCGAGUACUCCCGCAAGAAGUACUACUACCUGUGUGGCUACUGCUUCCCAGCUCUGGUGGUGGGCAUCUCGGCAGCCAUAGACUACCGGAGCUAUGGGACCAAGAAAGCGUGCUGGUUGCGGGUGGAUAACUACUUCAUCUGGAGCUUCAUUGGCCCUGUUUCUUUUGUUAUUAUGAUGAACCUGGUGUUCCUCAUGAUCACUGUGCACAAGAUGACCCGCAACUCCUCUGCGCUAAAACCUGACUCCAGUCGCCUCGACAACAUCAAGUCAUGGGCUAUUGGGGCCAUCGCCCUGCUCUUCCUGCUUGGUCUGACCUGGUCCUUCGGCCUCCUCUUCAUCAACGAGAACACGGUCAUCAUGGCUUACCUCUUCACCACCUUCAACGCCUUCCAGGGCAUGUUCAUCUUCAUCUUCCACUGCGCUCUGCAGAAAAAGGUGCAUAAGGAGUACAGUAAGUGUCUGCGUCACUCGUACUGCUGCAGCCGUACCUCCACCACCAGCUCCCACGGCUCCCUGAAGAACUCUGCACUGCGUGCCAACAACCGCUACUACACUGGCAACCAGGCCCGCCACGCUGCCGCACACAGACAGAGUCGGAUCCGCAGGAUGUGGAACGACACGGUUCGGAAGCAGACGGAAUCUUCCUUCAUGGCGGGAGACAUCAACAGUACUCCUUCACUCAACCGUGCCACCAUGGGAAACCACCUCCUGACCAACCCAGUGUUACAGACCCGUACCGGCACCUCUCCCUACAACACCCUACUAGCUGAGAGCUUCACUCCCCCUUCUCCUGGGGUCUUCAACUCCACCGGAACCUUCCGUGACCCAAAGAACACUCUAUGUAAGGCCCGUGAUCCAUGUGGUAUGGACACCCUGCCCCUCAAUGGUAACUUCAACAACAGCUACUCCCUCCGCAGCGUGGGGCCAGUGGGCGGUGGCGGGGGCAGCUGUGACUUCCUGGGCGGGGGCAUGGGGUGUGCAGACACCCCCCCUCCCCUCCUCAACCCCCGCGGGUCUGAAACCCUGGGCGGGGACGGAAUACGGCGCAACCUAUCUGACGCAGCUGCCUUCGAGAAGAUGAUCAUCUCUGAGCUGGUGCACAACAACCUGCGUGGGGCAGGAUCUGGGGGCGGGGAUAGGGUCUGUGGUAGUCUGGCGAGGGGCCCUCCUCACGGCGGAGUAGGCCGAGGCACGGGAGUAACUGUGCCAGAGCCGAGCAUCAGCCUGGACGACGACGAGGACUUCCUGUCCAGAGAAGGCGGGCGCCAGAGGACGCCGCAGGACGUGGAGCUGCUCUACAAAGCCCUGGAGGAGCCGCUGCUACUGCAGAGAGCCCAGUCUGUCCUUUACCAGUCUGACCCCGAGGAGUCAGAGAGCUACACGGCCGACCUCACAGAGAGCCUGGGCCACAGCGGCCACAGUGGGCACAGCGCCGGAGGCCAGGGGUCUGGGGGACAGGGCCCUGACUCUCCCGCCAGGGACUCCCUGUACACCAGCAUCACCAACCUGCGAGACUCGCCUUACCCGGACAGUAGCCCCGAGCCCCUGGAGGUGGUGCCCCGCUCGGCCCAGCCCCCUGAGGAGCUCUAUUACAGCUCUGGGAGGCCCGCCCUGGGGUCUCGAGGAGCACCCAUGCAGACCUUCUACCAGGCCCCGCCCCCCAGGAGGCCCAGUAGGGAGGGGGAGGGGCACCCCGGCCAAGAGCCCACCCACAGCGAGGGAGACGGACAGAUGCAGCUGGUCACCAGCCUGUGACUGGAACCGGGACCAAGAUGAUGAGGAUGAAGGCUGGCUGGUUGCCUCCUCAGAACCCGCCUCUCUCUCUUUCUCUCGCUCCUCUCCACUUCCUGCUUGAUUGGUUGCCUUUUUUCCCCUCUUUAUUUGUAUUGAAAGAUGAGCGAGCAAAUGUACAUUUAAGGAGAGUUUAGCUGUCUCCACGGCAACAGUCUUAUCCUAGAGAACCUCCGCUGUCUGGUGGAGAUGAGUGAUGGCUGAGUUGUUCUUCUCUGGAACAUUCACCCGCUCUCUCCUUCUCUCUCUUCAACAUCCCCCUUUCUCUUGGCACGCAGCAGACAGAUGCCAGGUCCAGCACUCUGAAUGUACCAAUCCAACAAACCCCUUAUACCUUACUCCUACAGAGCUACAGAUAUUUCUCAACUUAACUUUGUUCAAAGUCCAUUUUAUUUAAUUUCACUGAAUUUCUACAAACAUUCCUCUAGAGAAAUUGUUCUCAUUUUCUAGUUCCCUUUUCUCUUUCCCUUUUUCAUGUUCCAUCUCUCUUUUUGUUCACUCAUCAUUUGCUCAGCGUAGUUAGCUGUGGAGACAGGGGAUAUACUGUAGUAGCCUAUUAUACCAUAGGAAAAAAAUCUCUGAAAGCUACUUCAGUGUUGCCAAAAAUACAUUUUCCCAGCCAGAAUAGAAACUGGAGCAUUCGCACUCACACAGACAUACACACACACACCCACUCACUCACACACAGACAUACACACACAGACAUACACACACCCACCCACCCACUCACUCACUCACAGAAGUGCUUGUUUCUGAACAUCAGACACAACCCUCUAUAUGAGUAAAAAGAAGCCAGAACAAUUGUUCAGACAAAGGCAGUUGGAGCUGUCUAAGAGUAGUUGCCUUUAUUUUAUCUUGCUAUGAACUGACUCGUAUAUACAGAACUAGAGGAGAGACUGAGAAAGUAGGAAGUACACCACAGGGCAGGAAGGCUGUUUGAGGGGUCAAGGGUCAGGGGUCAAGAGGUAGAUCUUUAGGACUCGAGGAACGGACAAGGACUUUUUUUUUGGUGGGGGGGGACUUUUUAGUUAUUUUCUUCAGACAUUUGAAAAGUAAAAGACUGCUUUACUAACUUUGAAGAAGAAUAUGUUAUCUUGGUGACUUUCUGUUGCAUCACCCGGAGGGUUGUAAGGGACAGAUUGUGCACCCUUUAAGAAUGGAUGCCCUCUUCAAUGGAUGUGUCCCUAUGUGUGGUUGUGACAGAAUGGACUCUAAAUGUUGGAACCACUUCAGCCGUUACGCAAGUCCAACCCUGUACAUAUGAACCCCACAAACUACAGUACUUACUCUACUCCUACCGUGUAAAUACAGAAACCAGAUGAAGAAAAGCAACAAAAAAGUAAGAAAUACUAAAAACGGACUUCUUGUACUGCAACAAAACAACAAAAGAAAAAAAGAAAAUGUUUUGGAGUUUGUGACCUGAAUGAUGCACUCUAUCUCUCUGCCCGUCGUUAUCUUGCUCUCUCACUGUCGUUCUCUUGACUCAUAACUAGUGCUGUGCCAUUCAGUGAAAAUCUCUCGAACAGAAAAACAGAGAGAGAGAAAGAGUAUGAUGGGUGGUAGAUUUUGCAUACAAAUAAAAACGUUGAAAAAAAAGUCCUGGCACAAUUUUAUGUAAUAUAAUCCAUUACAUGUUGUUAAUGUUUGACCUUUGACAUUCCCAGACAGGAAGUGCUGUGUGGGCGGGGGGAGGGGGGAUAGAUGUCAUAAUAACAUGUCAUACUGUGCCUCAUCACGGGCGUUCCAAUGCAUUGUGGUUCAAGGACAGCAGCCAUAAUGUGAUUUUGGUCAAUAAUGUAUUGUUUGAAAGGUUAUAUACUAGAUACAAUUAUAUACUUUUAAUAUGAUGGGUUUUAGCAUGUCAGAUAACAUUUGUUUUCUAUCAAAACGUCUAUCAUUUUGCUGUUUCUAACAGAUAGUUUCAGCAUUAUUCCAGAGCCUAAUGUGACAAUGAAUUCCCUGUGUGUGUGUGUGUGUGUGUGUGUGUGUGUGUGUGUGUGUGUGUGUGUGUGUGUGUGUGUGUGUGUGUGUGUGUGUGUGUGUGCGGGAGAGAGUUUGUGUGUAUGCGUACAUGUGCAGGAGAGUGUGUGUGUACAUGUGGGUGUGUGAUAUGCUCAACCAUAUGUACCAUAUUUGUGGGAAUUUUGUAAGUGUGUACAUUCAAAAAGCUAUUUUUGUUGGGUGAAUUGAAUGCACAUCAGUGGAAGGGGACAGUAAUUCUAAAUCUAGGAGAAAGCCUUUUAUUCUAUUAGCUUCCAUCUCAAAGACAAGGGUAGCCAGAUGCUUCUGUGUGGCUGUUCCUGAGGUUCAGGUACCAACGUAAAACUGGGACACUUCAGGCUGCCUCACAGGAUCUUGAGCAAAGAACAAUGACAGGGUUUGUCCGAAAUGGCACCCUAUUUCAUAUGUAGUGCAGUUCUGACCAGGGCCUCCCUAUGUAGUGAACUACUAUUGACCAUACCUUUUCACCAGGGCAAAAGUUGUCCACUAUGUAGGGAAUAGGGUGCCAUUUCAGACAGUACAGUCAGAAUGACAGGCAGAGUUGACCGAUGAGACCAUCCAGUCAGAAUGACAGGCAGAGUUGACCGAUGAGACCAUCCAGUCAGAAUGACAGGCAGAGUUGACCGAUGAGACCAUCCAGUCAGAAUGACAGGCAGAGUUGACCGAUGAGACCAUCCAGUCAGAAUGACAGGCAGAGUUGACCGUUGAGACCAUCCAGUCAGAAUGACAGGCAGAGUUGACCGAUGAGACCAUCCAGUCAGAAUGACAGGCAGAGUUGACCGAUGGGACCAUCCAGUCAGAAUGACAGGCAGAGUUGACCAAUGGGACCAUCCAGUCAGAAUGACAGGUAGAGUUGACCGAUGGGACCAUCCAGUCAGAAUGACAGGCAGAGUUGACCGAUGGGACCAUCCAGUCAGAAUGACAGGCAGAGUUGACCAAUGGGACCAUCCAGUCAGAAUGACAGGCAGAGUUGACCGAUGGGACCAUCCAGUCAGAAUGACAGGUAGAGUUGACCGAUGGGACCAUCCAGUCAGAAUGACAGGUAGAGUUGACCGAUGGGACCAUCCAGUCAGAAUGACAGGCAGUUGACCGAUGGGACCAUCCAGUCAGAAUGACAGGUAGAGUUGACCAAUGGGACCAUCCAGUCAGAAUGACAGGUAGAGUUGACCGAUGGGACCAUCCAGUCAGAAUGACAGGUAGAGUUGACCGAUGGGACCAUCCAGUCAGAAUGACAGGUAGAGUUGACCAAUGAGACCAUCCAGGCAGAAUGACAGGUAGAGUUGACCGAUGAGACCAUCCAGUCAGAAUGACAGGUAGAGUUGACCGAUGGGACCAUCCAGUCAGAAUGACAGGCAGUUGACCGAUGGGACCAUCCAGUCAGAAUGACAGGUAGAGUUGACCAAUGGGACCAUCCAGUCAGAAUGACAGGUAGAGUUGACCGAUGGGACCAUCCAGUCAGAAUGACAGGUAGAGUUGACCAAUGGGAUCAUCCAGUCAGAAUGGCAGGCAGAGUUGACCGAUGGGACCAUCCAGUCAGAAUGACAGGUAGAGUUGACCAAUGGGACCAUCCAGUCAGAAUGACAGGUAGAGUUGACCGAUGGGACCAUCCAGGCAGAAUGACAGGUAGAGUUGACCAAUGAGACCAUCCAGGCAGAAUGACAGGUAGAGUUGACCAAUGAGACCAUCCAGGCAGAAUGACAGGUAGAGUUGACCAAUGAGACCAUCCAGGCAGAAUGACAGGCAGAGUUGACCAAUGAGACCAUCCAGGCAGAAUGACAGGUAGAGUUGACCAAUGAGACCAUCCAGGCAGAAUGACAGGCAGAGUUGACCAAUGAGACCAUCCAGGCAGAAUGACAGGCAGAGUUGACCAAUGAGACCAUCCAGGCAGAAUGACAGGCAGAGUUGACCGAUGGGACCAUCCAGUCAGAAUGACAGGCAGACUUGACCAAUGAGACCAUCCAGGCAGAAUGACAGGCAGAGUUGACCAAUGAGACCAUCCAGUCAAAAUGACAGGCAGUUGACUGAUGGGACCAUCCAGUCAGAAUGUAGCGUUGCCAUAUUAAAGCGAUGCCAGAGAGAAACCAUCCAUCAAACCAGAGACGUAUUCAUGAGGUUCCCUGAAGUCUGUCCCAACCUUAAAAAGCUGACAGUUUUGCCAUUCUCUUUAUUUAUGUAUCUUUCUAAUGCUUUAUUGAUCUCUAUAUUUAUUUAUGUAUUUGGAAUAUUUAUUUCUAUGUUCAUUUAUUCAUGCUUUAUUUUUUAUUUUUCAAGAUCUCUGUACAUAGCUGAGCUGUGCAAUGCGAAUGCUGAAGUAAGCCCAUUUAAAUGUGCAGUACAUUUAGGCAAGUAGAUGGAUUCCCCAGCGUCCACCUCAGGGUGACAUUUGGUAAGGGCCUGGGUGUCCCACUUCUUCCUAAAGAGUCCUAAAGGGCACAUUCAGUUUAGUUGUGGCUCUUGGGGGAGAAAGGGAAGGAUUGAGAGCCAGGAUAGAAUUAAGAAUAUAUUUGUUUUUUCCUCCAUUUCUUCUUGGUAGAGGAAUCUCUCUUAGUUCAGACUCAGAUAGGAGGCCCAGGUGUUCUACAGGAGGCAUGUGUGCAAUACUGUGCUGGUGUGUCUGACUUGGUUUAACAUUGGAAACGGCCUGGUUGGGUAGUGUUACUAUAUGCCUACCACUGGACCGCUGUGUAUGUCUGUGUUUACAGAAGGAUUUGAUAAUUAUGCACAUUUUUUUUUGCUUGUUACUGGAAAUAUUAAUUAAACAUUGGCCUUGCAGCUCAUAGUUAAUUCAAUAGGAGCAUUGACCGGUCAGCAAUGGACAAUUGAAUGUAUGUUGACUAGAAGGAAUAAAGAAAAGUGAAUUAAUGCCCUAUACUGACCGCCAUCAUUAUCAUCACAUCACCACCUACACCUUUAUUGAUGUGAUCUACAAAGUUGACCUUUAGCUGGUAACCUCACAGGGACAGACACUGUUUAUGGACAGACUCACCAGGAGGGGAAGAACCUGCAUCACCAUCUCCUGUGUAGGCUCUCUCUCUUUCUCUUUCUCUUUCUCUCUCUCUCUCUCUCUCUCUCUCUCUCUCUCUCUCUCUCUCUCUCUCUCUCUCUUUCUCUUUCUUCCCUCACCUCUCUCACUCCAUCCCAUCUUAUUCCACCAAUGGGCUCUCUUUUAGCCCAGCAUUAAUCCCAGAGUUUUGUUUGGAGUUAAUUUGUUUGUCUUAAGCUUUGUUUACACCAGAUUGAUAUCUCAAUAAACAGUGGAGCCGUACUGUAUUGUGGUAAUGCUAGUGAUUAUACAGCAGAAAGCACUGUAGGACCCAGAGACCUGCUCAAUGGGAGUUUCACCCCCAUCUAAAUCCCUAUGUUACCUCUGAUUAGGAUAAUAACACUGGCUAAUCAUUUACUGUGCUGAGACCACAGAGGGAGAGACCUCUAUACACACACACACACGCACCCACACACACGCACCCACACUCUCUCCCUCCCCCUUACUCUCUCACCCACUUCCAUCCCACUACUCCCUGCCCGUGCAUCUGGCCCCUACCUCCAUGCGUGCAGGCAGGUGGAUUGAAGGUUCUUAUAGGAUAGAGUUGGAGUCAGUCUGUCCCUUCAGUCUGCAGCCCCUGCAGCUCUACCCCAGUAGAACAGUCAUCUCUCAGUGUUCCAAUAGACAGCGGAGGACACUAUGAUCUGACAGUAACGUUGCCCUGCUGCUGACCUCCUCAGAUGGACUGUUUCUCUCCCAGGUUUGUGAUGCCCAUAUCCUGUGACCUCUGCGUUAGUGUGAAAACAUGUCAGUGGUUCCUCUGCAGCGGAGCGGAGGAGAGGAGGAGCACUGGGUCAUGUAGUCUAUUCCCAGGGAACUGCCAUAAAGGGAGCGGUGUCAGGACAUGUGAUGUCACAGUUAGCCGGGGACAGAGUGUGUGGGGGGAUGAGUGUCAGUGUGCCUGUGUGUUCGUGCAAGGUUAUACAGGAAGCAGAAACAAGGAUGUGAUUUAUUGUUCUAAAUGCCUUACUGUUGCCGUGGUGAGGAGUCAGGAGGUUCCAGUUCAUCAACUAGCCAGGCGCAUUAGAUCAACUCCACUGGCCUCACAAACCCAUUGUAACAGUAACACAGAGGUCUCUGUCUGUGUAGUGAAAUUAUUGAGAUAUAAUAGGAAUCAACUGCCACAUCUACUGGACAAGGGAGAUUUUCAGAGUGAUAAGGAAUGCAACAGGCUUUCCUAUAUGAAAUUAGUACUAUUUUGUUAUUGGUCUCUUGUUAUGUGUCCACAUGACUAUAUACAGUACAUAUAUCAUAGUUUUAACAAUAUGUAGGAAUAUGAUUACACAGAUGCAGUGACAAGGAUUGUGCUGUUUAUUUUUGUGUUGGGUAACUGUCCGUCCAUGGAGCUGAGUUAUGGCUCAAAGCGGCGGCCAUCUUUUAUACACAGGGUGGGACUACAACAGAUGGAUUUCUGGGUAGGGUAGUCUGGGUACUCUACACCCGGAACCUCUGGUCCAAAAUCAAAAGACAACACACACACACAUACAUACUACACGCAUAGUAACACACAUACAUGUCCAGUCAGGUUAGGUAGUUUAAACUACUGUGUACAGUGAAGUGGCGCUAGAGAUCAUAAAAGAUCAUAAGGGAUUUACCGUUUACAUGUUCAAAGUCGAUCCACGUAACCGUAGGAGCUAGGAGCAGGCUGACGUUGACCUAUUCAUUUUUGUAGGCAUGUUUUUCUAUUUCUGAAUACACAUCCCAGUACUCUGGCUCCUCUGACUGUGUGACUCUGAUCUGAACUGUGUCUGAAACUCUGCAUGUGUGGAUGACUAACGCUAUGGGACACUGAUGGACCAUCUCUGUGGUGAGCAGCUCCAUGGGACACACAUACUCCCCACGAGGCUGACUGGUCACUGUAGGCUAGAGAUGCUGGUCUAAGUGGCCAGCCAUCUAUCGAGGUCUAUUGGUGAGUGUUCUGCAUGGCUGUAAGUGUACAAGGGCAGGGUCUGGGAAAUGUGCAUGAGAUGUUCUGGGCUCUAUACAGUAGGAGGGGCUGUGAUGCUGUUAGUAGCAGGUCAGUAUGUUCAUUAGUCAGACCCAACCAGACAGUAUUAGACAUUAGGAAUGACCAGACAGGUAGACAGUCUAAGGCAGAGAAGUGUUGGUAAGAGAUGAGUGACGACUGGUAGAACUGCUUGCUGGGUGUAUGGAUGGAAGGGCUCAGUUUGGGAGGUUCAUCAGUAGGACCUUUGAGAACUGAGUACUGAUCGUGCCAUUGGGGUGAUGACAAUGUGUACAUCUCCAUUUAGAGUACUUCACUUAGAUUUUAAUAUGAUGGGUUUUUCUCCAUUCAUUUAUUCUGUACUUCUGAAUCCUUUCUAAAGAGAAGUUGAUGUAAAACCUUGAUUCAGUUUUGUUCUUUUUUUAUUUGAGGACUGAUGUGUGAUUCUUUUCUCACGUCAUUGCUUUGACAGCUGUCUGUCUAUCUGGGCCAAAGGGGGUGGUGGUUUUCUGUGAGCGUUUGCCUCAUCGCAGGUCAGCGCGACCCUGUAUCAGCACAUAUUAAUAAAAAACUAUUUAAAAUCGAA